AUGUUUGACGAUCAGAUGCUUGGGUUUUUGGCCAAUUCACUUGGAAUCAGCUUGUUCAUGCUUGUCAUCGCUUACUAUUAUGUAAUGGCCGACCCCAGAUAUGAAGGCAAUUGAAGAAAUACAAGGUUUAUGGAGGCGCUUAACAAAACUUAUAUUUGAUAGGUUGUAGAUGACAUUAACACAGUUUGGGUUCAUAUAAUGCAUAAUUACUGUCAUGUAACCUUUGGAUGAAGACAGUUUUGAUAGACAAAAAGAUGACAACUCCUUCCUGAUCUAUUAUGCCUUUUAAUGUGGAACGAAUGUGUUGUUGAACACUUAACAACAAUUUAUUACAAAUUCAAAUACUACCUCCCUUUUUUUUA